AGGCCCCAGGACCUAGAAGGGAAAGGAAAUACCUUCUUCUAGGGGAACAGGCAAGGUGCUGGGCUUUGGGAGGGAAGUCCCUGGAGCAGAUGGUAGCAUUCCACCAAGGGCAGCUUGUUCAGGACCUGGGUGACAGGGCAUCCAAGAAACAGGGCGGCCUGAAUGGCUGGGAAAGGAUCUCAGAAGGAAGAUCCUUGGGGACCGGGAAGUGUGGAGAGUCAGACGUAGUCCAGGGCGAGUUUUGAGAUGUGGCUUCCAGAGUCCUAGCGGGGAGCCCCACAUAAGUGGAGCUGUGGACCCAGAGAGCUGGGUUUACAAAAGCUCUGCCACUUGCAAUGCAACUUUAACCUCUUCACUUAAAACCUAAUCCUCAGUUUCCUCUCCUGUAAAAUAGGGAUGCUGGCAAUAAUAGAGAUUUGAACCCAGGUAGUGUGGGUCCCAGAGGGUUAGCACGCUAAAGCAGCAAACACACAGAAAGCUCUCAGCACGGGACCUGCACGGAUAUGCUCAAGGUCGACACCAGUGAUGAGUAUCACUGUUCCAGGCAAGAGAGCAGGGCUGGCCAUGCAACCCAGGACCAGUGGACAAGCCUGAAGGCCAGGGGACCCCGCUGGGGGAGAAGCAAGACUGAGUUUUGGGGAUCUCACAGAGAAACAGGGAGGGAACUGGGAUUUGGAGGGGGUUCCACAGCCAGACUUGAAGGACGAGGAAUGACUCUUCAGUGAAGUCUAGAAUUGUGAAUUCCUGAGUUCAAGGAGAGCUGCACUUGGGGACCAGGGUCCCGAGAGAUGGGAAUGGCAGGGCUGGGGCUGAACUCUCCCAAAUGUUGUUGGAGGGGAAGGGCCUGUGGGUAGCACUUGGGGCCUAAGAAGGAAAGAUGGGAUGAGGGACCCGGACUCCUGGGUCCUGAGAAUGGGGACCAACUGGAGGUCUAGACUUCUUGGAAUCUAGGAGAAGGAGUCUUGGGCCCCAGGAGAGUUCAUGGAGACAGGUGACUGGACUCUUGGGUUCCUGGAAGGAAGAAAGAAGGACCGGCAGCCUCCUGGAUCAUAGGAGAGAUGAAUGAGUUAGGGAAGCAGAGUCGUGUGGGCUCAGGGAAUGUCUGGAUUCAGGAGGCCAGGGCAGCAAGUUUCUGAGUCCCAAAGAGGUGAUAGCAGGGGCUCCUGGGUCCUGAAGAAGAAGGGUUUGGGGCUUGGACUCCUGGAUCUGAGGGAGGAGGGAGCUGAGGGCCCAAACUCCUGGCUCUUGAGGAGGGACAAAGGCACUGGGAACUGGGGCCCCAAACUUCUGAUUCCUAGAGACAAGAGGGUGACCUCUUAUGUCUAAGGGAGGAGGAACCUGGGGUCCUGGGCCCCUGGAACUGAAAGAAGACAGCACUGAGGUCUGAAGGAGGAGCGGCCUCGAGGCUCAUCCACAACAUGGACCUGCGCACAAUGACACAGUCGCUGGUGACUCUGGCAGAGGACAACAUAGCCUUCUUCUCCAGCCAGGGUCCUGGGGAAACGGCCCAGCGGCUGUCAGGCGUUUUUGCUGGUGUGCGAGAGCAGGCGCUGGGGCUGGAGCCCGCCCUAGGCCGCCUGCUGGGCGUGGCGCACCUCUUUGACCUGGACCCAGAGACACCAGCCAAUGGGUACCGCAGCCUGGUGCACACAGCCCGCUGCUGCCUGGCGCACCUCCUGCACAAAUCCCGCUAUGUGGCCUCCAACCGCCGCAGUAUCUUCUUCCGCACUAGCCACAACCUGGCCGAGCUGGAGGCCUACCUAGCUGCCCUCACCCAGCUCCGCGCUCUGGUCUACUACGCCCAGCGCCUGCUGGUUACCAAUCAGCCGGGGGUGCUCUUCUUUGAGGGCGACGAGGGGCUCACCGCCGACUUCCUCCGGGAGUAUGUCACGCUGCAUAAGGGAUGCUUCUAUGGCCGCUGCCUGGGCUUCCAGUUCACGCCUGCCAUCCGGCCAUUCCUGCAGACCAUCUCCAUUGGGCUGGUGUCCUUCGGGGAGCACUACAAACGCAACGAGACAGGCCUCAGUGUGGCCGCCAGCUCUCUCUUCACCAGUGGCCGCUUUGCCAUCGACCCUGAGCUGCGUGGGGCUGAGUUUGAGCGGAUCAUACAGAACCUGGAUGUGCACUUCUGGAAAGCCUUCUGGAACAUCACUGAGAUGGAAGUGCUAUCGUCUCUGGCCAACAUGGCAUCAGCCACCGUGAGGGUAAGCCGCCUGCUCAGCCUGCCACCCGAAGCCUUUGAGAUGCCGCUGACUGCCAACCCCACCCUCACGGUCACCAUCUCACCCCCACUGGCCCACACAGGCCCUGGGCCCGUCCUCGUCAGGCUCAUCUCCUACGACCUGCGUGAAGGACAGGACAGUGAGGAGCUCAGCAGCCUGGUAAAGUCCAACGGCCAACGGAGCCUGGAGCUGUGGCCGCGCCCCCAGCAGGCACCCCGCUCGCGGUCCCUGAUAGUGCACUUCCAUGGCGGUGGCUUCGUGGCCCAGACCUCCAAAUCCCACGAGCCCUACCUCAAGAGCUGGGCCCAGGAGCUGGGCGCCCCCAUCGUCUCCAUCGACUACUCCCUGGCCCCCGAGGCCCCCUUCCCCCGUGCACUGGAGGAGUGCUUCUUCGCCUACUGCUGGGCCAUCAAGCACUGCACCCUCCUUGGCUCAACAGGGGAACGAAUCUGCCUUGCGGGGGACAGUGCAGGUGGGAACCUCUGCUUCACCGUGGCUCUUCGGGCAGCAGCCUACGGGGUGCGGGUGCCAGAUGGCAUCAUGGCAGCCUACCCGGCCACAAUGCUGCAGCCUGCCGCCUCUCCCUCCCGUCUGCUGAGCCUCAUGGACCCCCUGCUGCCCCUCAGUGUGCUCUCCAAGUGUGUCAGCGCCUAUGCUGGUGCAAAGACAGAGGACCACUCCAACUCAGACCAGAAAGCCCUCGGCAUGAUGGGGCUGGUGCGGCGGGACACAGCCCUGCUCCUCCGAGACUUCCGCCUGGGUGCCUCCUCGUGGCUCAACUCCUUCCUGGAGUUAAGUGGACGCAAGUCCCAGAAGAUGUCGGAGCCCAUAGCAGGCCUAUCUGCUCCCCCUCUCUCAGAGCCGAUGCGCCGCAGUGUGUCUGAAGCAGCGCUGGCCCAGCCCCAGGGCCCACUGGGCACGGAUUCCCUCAGGAACCUGACCCUGAGGGACUUAAGCCUGAGGGGAAACUCCGAGACGUCGUCGGACACCCCAGAGAUGUCGCUGUCAGCUGAGACACUCGGCCCCUCCACACCCUCCGAUGUCAACUUCUUAUUACCGCCUGAGGAUGCAGGGGAAGAGGCUGAGGCCAAAAAUGAGCUAAGCCCCAUGGACAGAGGCCUGGGCGUCCAUGCCGCCUUCCCCGAGGGUUUCCACCCCCGACGCUCCAGCCAGGGUGCCACACAGAUGCCCCUCUACUCCUCGCCCAUAGUCAAGAACCCCUUCAUGUCGCCGCUGCUGGCACCCGACAGCAUGCUCAAGAGCCUGCCACCUGUGCACAUCGUGGCGUGCGCGCUGGACCCCAUGCUGGAUGACUCGGUCAUGCUCGCGCGGCGACUGCGCAACCUGGGCCAGCCGGUGACGCUGCGAGUGGUGGAGGACCUGCCGCACGGCUUCCUGACCCUGGCGGCGCUGUGCCGCGAGACGCGCCAGGCCGCAGAGCUGUGCGUGGAGCGCAUCCGCCUCGUCCUCACUGGGCCCGCGCCCGCCCCGCCGCCGGUGUGAGCCGCCCGCCGGAGCCGGGCCGCGCGGGGAGACGGGGGCUGCGGGGGGCGACACUAAAAGCCUGUUGUUCCCAUCUGCGCCAGCCUCCGUCAUGAAUGCGUUCCGGGCCGGGCGGAAGGGGACGCGGGCUGUGCCUUACUUAAGUCGGGGGCGGCAAGGGGGCCCGGGCCCGAAAGCUGAGACCCCCGCCACGGGGAGGGGGACGCGCACACACACCGGUCACCGAGACGGCUGGACCUGCACGCCACCGCUGCCUUUUGCUGCUGCUGCUGCUGCGACCGCCGCAGGGACGGGGACUGGCCCUCCCUUGCAGGUCGGUUGGUUGGUUUGUUUCUUGUAAAUAAAAGUAUUUAAUUA